CUUUCCUCGCAAACAUUUCCAUUUUCUGUGUUGCCUUGGAAAGUAAGUGACGUGUUAAGACGCAUUUAAAUUUUUGGGAUGGUAAAAUAUUGUUUAAUGUACAAGUUUUAAAUAUAAAUUGUGCAAAACUGCAGUAAACAUUCUGCGGUGUUAACCAAACCCUAAAAUUACUACGCAACAGUAAACCGCGUAAUCAAAAUGAUGAGAAGUGUGCACAACGCAAAAUUGAUUCGCAGUUCCGUUGACAGCUGUUGCGAAUGAUUGUACGAGGCGCAGUGGACGCUAAUUGUCAGCUGAUUGGUGAGACAGCAGUGUUGUUGCACUCUUGCAUAAAUCUCAUAAUGAAAUUAUGAGUAGCAAAUUGCGCACGUUUACCUCGAAAUUUAUAAAGUAAAAAGUGUAUAUCCCUGAUUUAUUACCCGAAAUUCGAUUCUCAGUUGCCGCUAAAGUGCAUUAAAAUAGAUUUAUCGUAUUUUUCGGCCAACAAAAACAGUUUAAGUAUAGCAACAUUGCUCCGACCUUUACCGCCUGCCCUACGCGAGGGAAUAAAUCUGUGAAAUCCAGUUGAAAAUUCAAUGUUUUAGGUUUUAUGAAUUGUUCAAGUGUAAAUUUUUUAAUUAAUUCUAAUCAUCAAUUUAUGUAAAAUUAAAGUGAAAAAAAUUAACUGAAAAACAAAAACUAUUAAGAACUGUAAUGAGAAUAAGACGAUUGGCCGCGCUAGCUUUAUUGAAUUUAUUGAAUAAUUUGCUGCACGCCUGGCAUUUGAUAGCGGUCCUUGAACGUAAUUUCAAUUCUAUUUUACGAAGCAUACAUUUGCCCACGAUUUUCUCUAAUACGAUGGACGGCGAAGGGGGCGAACAACGUGAUCCCAUCGAGCAGGCUCAGGCUGAACCCAUGGAGGAGGAUAUAGAAGAUCAGGUAGUAAUGGGUCUGGGCUAUGAGGACGAGUCAGGGGAUGAAGAUGAUGUUGACGAAGAAGUAGAUGACAAUGCAUCGGAUAUGUCGAGCGAUAGCGACUCGGAUUAUAUAGUCGAAAUGGAUAGUGAUGACGCUUUCGAAAGCGAUAACGCGGCUGGCUACGGUGGCGAUUAUUCAACAAAUUCAGAAAGUGACAGCGAAGUUGGCAACAAAACUUUUCGAAGCCAUUGGAAUCUUGAUCCUAGAUAUAGUGUGCCUAACUUACCAUUAUAUACUUUUAAGCCACAGCGUUUGCUCAAAUGUAACUAUAAGAAAUUUUGUCCACCAAGAGAUUAUCCAUUUGCACGUAGCGGCCAUCGCGUUGUCGCUUCGGAAUCACAUCUUUACACAUUGGGUGGCUACAAUCCAAGAAAUAGUCGAACGAUAGCACGCGGGACAGGCAUGCUCUUCCAGGAAUUAUGGCGCUACAAUUUUGCGACUAAACGUUGGGUGCUACUGCACAAUCCUACAACGAAUCGAAAUAUGCCAAGAGAGUUGGCAUCAAACGCGCUUAUUAUUAGCAAUAAUUUAUUGAUUUCAUACGGUGGAACUGGCUAUCCAUUCGGUGAAUCUUGCUCAAACGACUGCUAUAUAUAUCAAACACAAGGUGAAAAGCCGAGUGUUAUGCGCAUCGAGGCUACUGGGGAUGCGCCCAUUCCGCAAUAUGGACCGGGCAUCGUGCUACAUGAACAUUAUUUAUAUACAAUCGGUGGUACAACGGGCUAUGAUUACUCCUGUGAUGUACAUCGUUUAAAUUUGCGAACACGAGUGUGGGAGUGCGUUUAUAUUUGCCGCCCAGACAUACGUGAAGAUCCAGAAGGACGUUAUCGUCACGAAGUUGUCUACGAUGGUGAAUACAUUUACGUGCUGGGUGGUGGUACAUCACAUUUAGUGUACGAUUUACAACGUAUCCCUGCUUUUAAUUUAAAAACCAAUCGUUGGGAAUAUUUCGAUACAUUACCCGAUCGAACGUUUUUAACAAAUGCAGCAAUCGCGCGGCAAAAUUCUGGAUUUCCAAAACCACGAAAGUGCUUUUCAUGCGUACAGCAUACCAAAUCGAAUGGUGAGGUCGAGGCAUUUAUUACGGGCGGAAUGCUGAGAGAUCACGUAUAUUUUUCUGACAUAUGGAAACUUAACUUUUCUACUAAGCAAUGGACACUAAUUAGGACCGCAUCUUUGCCAAAAGCAUUGUACUUCCACGCCGCAGCGCACAAUCAAAAUGGUUGUAUGUACAUUUUCGGUGGCAUUGAAUAUGAUGAAAAGCGUAUACGGCGGUGCAAUGACCUCUAUAAAAUGUGGAUGACCGUACCGAAAUUGAGCGAAAUUUGCUGGGAGGCAGUUUUACACUACAGGCCAAAUCUAAAAUUCAAUGGCCACUCACAGUUACUUAAGAUGGGCAUACCGCUACGCUUUGCACAGAGGUUAUGGCAUUCCUCGAAAACUAAAUGAUUACGCAAUAAUUGAAGGGAGUAAUGCUAUAUUGUUUUUCUUAGCAAUGUUAUUGGGUGUUGUACCACUAUUUGUUUAUUAGGAAAAAUGGAAAGAGUAACAGGGUCUUAGCGGUAGAAUUUAUAGCUGCACGUCUCAUCAGACUUCUUUUCUAAACUUCAGCAGGAAUCCAACCAGCAUCUGUGAUGUGCAAAAUCGGCGACGCUAACCACUGCGCUACCAUAAACUCUUGUUGCUAAUCCAUUUCCUUAUUAACGUACUACUAUCGAUUGCAGCUGAUACACCGCUUCAGCUUGACAGGGUCGUGGUACAAAACCUAACAACAUUGCUAAAAAUUAAAUAUUAUUACGCUAUAAUAAUAACUAUAUUGUUAUGUUUAAUAAGGAGUGAUUGUUUGUUUGUUUCACUAGAGACGUAUAAACAAUUUAUUGUUUACUGGCCAUUGACGAUUUAGUGUUUAAAAAGGCGUAAGAAACUUGAAUACGAACGAAGUGCAAACAAUUGAAUUAGCAUAAUGAAACUAAACAUCAAAAAAAAAAAAAUGAGUAGAAAUGGAAACGCUAAUUAAUAAGAGUAAUUAUUUUUUUACGCUCGUUGAUGAGACAAUGAAAAUCAACUCAAUGAAUAUGUGCAGCUGUAGUUAAAGCCCAAUCAUACAAGAAAAGGAAAACACAAAAGUGCGGUUUUUUCAUUAGAGUGAUUUUUUUUAAUGAAAAUAGAGUACUACGUAUGGAUAUUAACCUCUAAUGCCUUAAAAUUUCGUGUUAAUCUCUUUAACCACAGCGGCAAUUAUGAAUAAAUAUGUAUAUGUACAUACAUAUUUAUGCUAUAUGUACAUUCGUAUGUACAUAUGCACAUUUUGUAAUUUAAUCGCUAGUAACUUCUAUUUAAGCAUUUGAAUAAAGCUCUAAUGCUGAUAAUUAUCAUUAAUUAUCAUGUAUCAUUCAACCCAGUUAUAUUUCUAGAACAAAAAAAAAUAUUGUAUUUUCAUAUAUUAUUGAUACUCAAAUGUCAAAUGGAUAACAGGAUUACCUACAAAUAUACAAAUUACUUCUUUCAAACUCAAUAUUAAUUCAAUUUAACUAAUUUAUGUAUACUCGAAUCGAGAGGCACAUUGACGCUGACCUAAUUGCUUUCAUUUGCCUCAGCCAAAGAAUUUGGAGCAAUAAAUGUUUGCUAACAUGAUAGAAUAUGUACAUAAUAAUUAACUUUUCAAAACGAUUUUCCAUAAAAAGGUACAUAGCGCCAUUGCAAUUUUAAACCAAUAAACACCUCCAAAGAAAAGUCCUAACUCUUUAUAGUCGCUGAAACGCAAAAAAGCCGCAAUUGACAAAAAAUUUUGUGUUGCUUAAAAUGAUGUGGCUACUCCUAAUUCGAUGAAAUGCAUCAUAAACAAU